GGUUUUGAAGAAGAAUUAUGGCUUGUUCUUGCGCUUUGAGCAGUAUAUUACCUCCCCCUGGCCAUAAUUGUGGUAUAUUUACUGCUCCAGUAACGGGUGAACUGAAUGCAUAUUAUCUUUUUAAACUCAAUCUUGUGAACGAGGUUCUCCCCCCGCUGCCAGUAUAUUUCCUCACUUUCCUGCCAGUAUGAUCCAGUUUCAUCCUCUUCACUCAUUUGAUGUGGGCCUAAAGCUUUCAUUCCACAAUAAACUACAGUGGACGCUCAGGUUGCAAACGUGAUCCGUGCAGGAGGCACGUUUGCAAUCAGUCUGCACACACGCAGGUUGCGAUUCGGUGCUUUGCGCAUGUGCAAAGCGCAAUUUGCUGCUUCUGCGCAUGCGUGAUCGCCAAAACCUGGAAUUAACCCAUUCCGGUACUUCCGGGUUCGGCGCAGUGCGCAACCCGAAAACGCACAACCUGAAGCGUUUGUAACCCAAGGUAUGACUCUAUUAAACAUUUAAGAUGUCACAGCACUACUCGUCAUCCAAAAAUGGUACACAAAAAUUGGAAAGCUGGCCAAGCUGAUGUUUAGUAACAGACAAAUUUUCAGCAUCUCAACAGGCUGGGAUACUUCAGUUGGGUUGCUGCUCUGUAUGCUAUUCUGAAAAGUGUCUUGACCAUUGCAUGAAUUUUAGGGUGUGCUAAUCUAAUAAUGAAAGCAAAGGCCACAAGAACUUGAGGACCCUGCUGGUCAGAGGAGAGGCAUGUCUUGUCCAGCAUUCUGUUUCCAAAUGCAUUUGGGAAGGUCACAAGUAGGACGUGAGGUCAAUAGCCCUCUCCCACAGUUGAUCCUCAGUGAGUGAUACUCCACAGCAGCCAAUCAUAAACCUUUCCGUCAGCUGCCCACAUUUCAUAUUGGGCGUACAUUGAAACAUGCUAGGGGUUCCCCUUUUCAAAUUGCAUGGUUCAGUUCUGAUAUGAGAACAAGGGUUCUACAGUCGGUAGUUUUGGAUUGGAUGAAUGAGCACAAAUCCUUGCUUCGUCAUGCGUCCUGUUGGUGACCUUGGGCCAAUCACAGCUUCAGCCUUCUUGUACCUGAAGGGUUGGUUGUGAAGACAAAAUGGUAAUACCGGAAAAAUAACGAGCUCACAAUGGAAGCACGCAGCAUGGUGCAUUGUAUUUCUCCAUCCAGCAAGCUUUGCCAAGAUCCAAGCAAUGGAAGUCUGGCACCUGGGGGCCUAGUGCAAGCAUUGGAGGGCUAGGUUUCAAGUCUGCCAUUGCCAUUAAUUCCCUCUUGAGGCUUGGGACCUCCCAUUGGCCCAAUUUCCCCAACUGUGAAAAAGGAAUGGUUAUCAUUAGCUCCUUCCCCAGGGGUAAUAUGAUUUAAUUAGUUUUGUCUCUAGAGUGCUUUGAAUGUAUAAAAUGUUCCUGCUAAUAAAUUGCGUGCUGGUACAAAAAUAGCACUCGCUGAGCCAGUUUGAUCUCAUUCUAUAUCUGCUGGUUCAUAUAGGAAUUAACUCUAGUACUGCAGGGCGUUUAUAAGCAAUAUAGAAUUUUUUUGGGGGGGUGUACAUAUGCAAUGUGGAAAUUAUUUUGAAGCUUGGCAAUAGAAGUGUAUUUUCAGGGCUUGGCUUAACAUGAAAUUGGUUCCAGCAUUGUUUAAUGAGGUCUUCUGAUGAAGCAGGACAGCAUAAUAUGGUAGCAAGAAGGUGCUUCUCUGAACAUAGCCAUUCUGUGCUUUAAUACACCAUAGGGGCUUGUUUUCUGUGAGGAAAAUGUGAGCACAACACAUCUAGCCUCUGCAGAGCCACAGAGGAAUUUGCUUUUUGGAAACACUUGUUGGAAGCCUCUAGUUGAGAGUCGAAGGUCCCAUUUCCCCUAAAGAAGGGCAAGUCUGCGUUUGUAUGUUGGCUGUUGCUGCAGUCUGGUUCAGAUGUAAUUCUAAACAUCCUUCAGGCCUGUGUUUUGUGUAUUUUCUGUAUUAGUGUUUUUAUGUUGUGAACUGCCCUGUGACCUUUGGAUGAAGGGCAGUAUGCAAAUAAUAAUAAUAAUAAUAAGGCAACUUUCUAUGUUCAUACACUUUACAUACAGUAUGCUUCAUCUCCAGGAUCUUGGGCUCCUUUACUCGUAUUUAGUACAUUUGUAUCUGAGAAUCCAGCUAAAAAGGCUCGUAUACAAUCAUAGCUGUCUAGUUCUCCCCUUUUUUAAGGGAAAUUCCCUUAUGCUGAAUAGGCUUCCUCACGAGAAAAGGGAAAACUUGACAGCCAUGAUACGAUUAAAACAAGGCAGUCCCUGCUAUAAUCUUAAAAAAAGAGAGACACAAGGAAAAGGGGGCGGGGAAGGAAGAGGAAAAAGAGACUUGAAGCUUUAGAUAACUUCCAGUUAAAACAGAUAAUACCGGACUAGACAGACCAAUAGGGUAUAGGGCACAUUCCUAAUUUCCAAGGCAUCUUCUGAAGACUCACUCUAUGGGCUCCAGGAGGAGAGGCUUACAUGUGCUGUGUUAAAAGGAAAAGCAGAUGAAAAUCGGCUUGUUACCUAGUCUAAUAAAUAAAGCUCCUCUCUAAAAGGAACUGUAAAUGUUCAAUGCUCAUUGCUCAAAUCCCCCAAUGAGUGAUUCUUUUGUUAAAUUGUAUGGAUUAAAUUAAAACUCCCAUAUCAGCAGAGAGAGAGGUAUGCCGUUCUUGCCAGCUAAGCAUGAACCAUCCCCAGUGUGCAUUGUUUGGCAGGCCUUACAAACCCAACCUGGUCUCCCUGCUGCUGAUAUAUAGUAGAGGUUCCCGUGGCUCUGAAAAUCCCAUUUGGGAGUCCGCCUCUGUGUUAGCAGUUGCCAAUGAAACAUGUCUCAGUAUUCAGGAAAAGUAAGUAACGUGUUCCUUUUUGUAACUUUGCCUAUGUACGAGAUCAGAGGCUUUUUUUAAAAAAAGGGAGGAGGAGAUGAGCUGGAAAAAUAAAAGCUUUGGAUGCCAACAGGAGACAGGAUGGCUUAAUGGAGCUACGCUUUCCAAAACAUUGUGGGGCUGUGUUGCCUUGCAGGAUGGGGCUACACAGCUGGGGUGGUCUGAGAUUAAGGGGUGUUCCUUAAAAACAAGUAAUCUGGCAACUCCAGAGAAGGAAAAGCAUAUGAAAGCAAGAGGAUAAAGAGGAUUGGGAAAUACAAUGAAGUGUGUCUUAAUCUAAAUACACAAUUUAAAAAAAUGGUGUUUAUAAAAGAAAACCUCGAGGGGCUGCAUUGUUAGCCACACACAGUGUUGUAAGCUGUAAUGUCUCAUUAAAAGAAUACUUCCAGCUUUCAAUGAACUCUCUCGUUGAAUGCAAAAUUAAAUCCGUCUGGCAGCGGAUUCCAUUUGCUUGGAAUACCGGUGGGUCGUGGGGGCCGCGCAACGGCCGUAGCUCAAUGCUUGGAACGUCCUCUUUCCUCCAGAUAACUUUCUAUGAAGGCAAAUGCUUCACAGGCCGGAAGCUGGAGGUUAGCGGGCCCUGCGACAACUUCCAGGAGCGAGGCUUCAUGAACAGAGUCAAUUCCAUCUGUGUGCAGAGCGGAGCCUGGAUCUGUUUCAGCCUCGCAGACUUCCGAGGCCAGCAGUACAUCCUGGAGCAUGGCGAAUAUCCCGGCUUCCACCGCUGGAACGGGCACAAUGACCGAAUGGGAUCCUGCAAGCCAGUUGGGAUGCAUGGUGAGCAUUACCGGAUCGAAGUGUUUGAGGGCAGGCAUUUUAGUGGGCGCAGCCAGGAGUUCACCGAAGAUUGCUCUUGCCUGCAUAGGCAAGGCUGGGCCAAAAACUGGAUCAACGCCAUCAAAGUCUAUGGGGAUGGAGCAUGGGUGCUGUAUGAGGAACCUAACUAUCGUGGCCAGAUGUAUGUGGUCGAGAGAGGUGACUAUAGCAGCUGCAAUGAAUGGCAAGCUGCCUGUGCAAACAUCCAGUCAAUCAGAAGGGUUGUCAACUAUUUUUAGCUAACUGCCUGGUGAAAACGAGAGUCUGGUCCCUUCCCUCCUGGUCUCUAGAAAUGUGAAAUAAUAAAGACUUGAAAUCCAAUGCGCCUCUUUUGCAUUCCUCCACAUGUCCAGGCAGAUCAUUGGCUUAAACAGUCCAGGGCCUGAUAGCACACUGGGUAGCCACUGUGGACCAGCCAAUUGAGGUAGGAAGGUGAUUCUGAUUGGGGAUAAGUGCCAUUGUUCAUGGAAUGAGGCAUUCUGAAGGCUCUCAAUAAACUGCAAGGGAUAAAGAGAUGGGUAGGGAGGUCGUUACUUGAACUCUAACGAUGUAAAUAUAAUUACGGGGUUUGAAGACCCUUAACGGGCACGGAAAGCUGCUUUUCAUCACAAGACUAUUUAGACACCCUCAUUCUAAAUAUGGAGGUGAGCACAUGCCCUCAGAAAAGAAGGAGCAAGAUGAAAAAGGAAAUCGACUUGUGAUGGAUUUCAACACGACGUGGGCUUCUGAAAUCGAGAGCACGGCUGCGUUGGCGGGAAUGGGAGCAAGUCAAAAUGGCAGGGAAGUCCAGCUGUUAGUUACUGCUUGGAGUGCCUUGCUGAAUAAUA